AUGUCAUUAAUUUUAAAUAAAAUAAUAACGUGGCACUCGAGAUGCCUCAACAAAAUCCAUCUGAUCAAUAUUCCACCGGGUUUUAUUACUGUGACAUUUGUGAUAGAGUCUAUGGCCACAGCAAAUGCAAUAAAGAGUUGGCAGCAACUUAAAACAAGAAAAAAAGCUCUCGAAAGAAUUGAAGACAACUCCGAGUCUGAAGAAACACCGCUCGUGGAGCCUUCGGGUAGCAACGAAGAUGAAGAGCUGUCAUCCAAGUUCUACUCGAUAAACCAAAAAAUAGAAAUGGGCGAAAUGGCGACGUUGUUUUUUAAUAAAACAGGAAUUUCGUUGUUUUAUAUUUGUCUAGCAGUCUAUUUGUACGGAGAUCUAAGUAUUUACGCAGCUGCGAUAGGAAAGUCAUUGGCAGAUGUUGCCUGCAAUUAUAUACCGUCAAACUUGACGUGUAAUGAUACGAUACCCGAUAAUGUUUCUUGUUGGAAAGGUUCUUCUGUCACGAGAUUUGAUGCUUAUCAAAUAUUUUUGACAACUUUUAUUUUAAUGCUUGGUCCAUUUGUAUUUUUCAAUGUUCAAAAAACAAAAUACCUUCAAGUAUUAACUUCAGUAAUGCGUUGGUUAGCAUUUUCAAUAAUGAUUAUUUACGCAUUGAGAAUUCUAAUUGUCAAUGGUCCCCAAGGAUCUCCUCCAGUUGCCAAUUUCAAUGGUAAGAAUCCCGGGACUUUUUGGUGCUUGCGUUUAUUCCUUCAUGUGCCAUCAUUCAUUACCAGCACUAGUAGCACCAAUUAAAAAUAAAUCCACCUUAAAUCGUUUCUUAUUAUUGGAUUAUACAUUAAUAGCGGGAUUUUAUUUAUUACUAGCCAUUACGGGUGCUUUCUCUUUUGCUCAUCUUGAUGAUUUGUAUACCCUGGAUUUCGGGCCUCGUGGCUCCGGCGACUGCUCCAAAAACACAAAUAUCUUUUUAAUAAUCAUCGAAUACUUUCUUGCGUUAUUUCCGGUAUUUACCUUGUCGACCAGUUUCCCGAUAAUUGCAAUAACAUUGAGGAAUAAUUUAUCAUCAUUGUGUCUGAAUAAUACCCAAAGUUACAAUUUUUGUCUUCGAAAACUUGUGUUCCCAUUUUUGGCAAUAAUUCCACCGUAUAUCAUUGCGAUGUCAACUAAAAAUUUAUCUUUUCUCGUCGGAAUAACUGGAUCAUACGCUGGGGCGGGUAUUCAAUACAUAAUACCUAUAUUUUUAGUUUAUCAGGCUCGGGAAAGAAGAAAUAUUAUCGGAAGUAAUGUUAAUAAUAAAUUCAGUAGUCCAUUUGUUAGCAGAAAUUGGUUGUUGAUAAUUUUUAUAUGGUCUGUUGUUUGUAUGGUUUUCGUAACUAUUAAUUUUAUUGAACGUCAUUUUUGA